AUGCUUGACAGCGCCGCUGCAUCUCAGGUCGGCUCCGAUGACUCAAACGUAUGGUAUAGUCCGAGCCCGGGUACCUACUUCGUCCUCCGCAUCAAUGCCGUCGAAAUGGUGCGACAUCUCGAAGACGACGAUGCGUUGGAGGCUGUAAGGCUCAUGAAGACAAAAUCUUAUCUCAUCUGUCUGAACCUGGAAUUGGAUCUUCCCUUUCCAGACAAGCCCUGGUACCGCUUCGAGGCGUUUCCUAUUGGACCACAUCUACCUCCUUCGCGCAAGGCGGAGGGAUAUACUCCUGAUAUGUGUAUUCCUAUCUUCCCCAACUCCAAACACCCCACCGGCCGCGAGCCCGUGCACCCUGAGCGACCAUUUCCAUACGGAAACUGCUAUCACUGGAUCAACACCAAAAUUCGUAUUCGCGUGCGUGCGCGUCCGGAGGGUUUCGACGAAUCGAACGCUGUCAACAUCUCAGGGAAAACCGAGCUCCUAAUGGGAUCCAUGUUCAGGAAAGACUACCUUCGUGCGAUGGACAACGUGAAACUCGCGCAGAAGGCUCACGAGACCGAACUCUCUGAUGAUCAGCCACGCUCGUCUUCCGCCCAUGUUCACGGCCAUCCGCUAUCUCCGCCACACAUAUAUGUGCAGCCAAACGGGCUUCCUGAGGAAUCUACCCAAUGUCCUCAGGAGGGAAGUGUGGAUGCUGCAUCCAUGUCUUCUGGGUGGUCGAGAUCGAACGAGAGCACACGCGGACCCAUGACCAGCGUCGAAGAUAUCAUGCAUAUGGAUAUCUUCACCGGACCAGAUGAGGACCUCGACCUGGUGCCUCUGGUGGACCUCUGGCCAGACUUGGCCGACAAUCUCAAAGAAGAAGAUAUUGCGAGCCCUUUGGAGCUACAUCGCGAGAUUGAGCAGGUCCAGAGGUGA